CUUCUUUGCUCACCUCUGGUCUGUCGUUCUGGAUGUUGUCUCUUUUAUAUUCACGUUAUAUUCGGGAAGCAUUGGAGGCUUGAAUACUGGCACUUCACCAACUCAUAUAUCGAUUGUAAUCCGUGUGUACCCAUCUACACUUCACUCGCACUCACUUUCUUUCCGCACACAUCCGCCAACAUGACGACAAUACAAAACCAAGAAUGGCACCACAGCGGCACCUCAUGCUGCUCGCCAAUCGGCACCUGCUGUCUCUCAUGGUGGUGUCCCUGCAUCGUAGUCGGCCGCACACACCACCGAAUCAAAUACAACGGCAACAUGGACGGCUACACAUGCUGCAACCUCAGCUGCAUGGGUUUCUGCGGGCUCGCGUGCAUCGGCAUCAGCUUCAUCAUGCCGAUGCUGAACCGCGGCGACAUACGGGCAAAGUACCAUUUAAGUGGAAACGGGUGCAAGGAUUGUGCGUGUGCGUGUUGUUGCACGCCGUGUGAUGUGGCGCAGCAGGAUAAGGAGAGUGAGUUUAGAGAGGGGCAGAAUAGGCCGGUGGUGAUGCAGCCGGGGAAGGAGGCGGGCAUGGAGUAUUUGCAGCAGCCGGUGGUGCCGGAGCCGGCUUUUCAUCAUGGGUAGGUAGAGCGAGGUGGUUGUAAGACUCUUGAUGUGAAGGACUCAUACAGACACGGUCCGGUUUUGCGAGUUGUUGCUGGAUCAUAAAUCUCAAUCGCCAGCUCUAAUGUUAGAGGCUGAAGUCAUACGCCACACUAUCGAA